GAGAGGGCUGGUCGUCGUGGCGAUGGGUACGGACACGGACAGAUCCGAGGCGAGUCGAGCCGAGCUGAAUGCGCCGGGUGCGGGGCCGCCAUGGAAACGGAGGACGGGAGGCACGGCGAGGAGGAUGCUCGAGCCGAGGCAGGUGUGUGAGGGCGAUGCGGAGCCUGUCCGUGGGUCACGAUCAUGUGACCCAACCCCAGCGUUGGUGACGGGGUCAUGGAAGCGCCUGGGUCCUACUGUCCCCUGAGUUACUGUCUCAAUACAGCCGGUUGCAUGUAUGUACGUGCGUGUUGAGCGUUGGCUCUGAUGAGAAUGUCUGAGGCGGUGCUGGAGGAGCGAGCCUGCGACGCGAUGAAAGUCUUAGAGAACCACGGCGCUCCCGAACCACACGGCCCCCCUCACACGCGCGAACACGACGCUACACACCCCCAGCACCAAGAACACUCGCGCAUCGAGAGUGUGAAAGAACAGAGCUGCUCCGACAUCGCUAAUCAAACACGGCCAUCCAGCACAGCAGGACAGCCAAUGAGACGCUCCAAGUCAGACGGCAGAGUAAAAUUAGUGCGGAGUUUGGCGGUGUGUGAAGAUACGUCCCCGGUCACCGUUACAGAGCCGUCACACCAGGAUAAAAUCCAUUACCAGACUGUUGAGAAAGAGGAAUCUGCCAACGGGGAUGAAGAACCCAGCGAGAGAAGCCUGGAAGCGACCGAGCGAACCGACAAAGUGCCAAGAAGAUCGCUGUCGAGAGACCCCAGUCAGGAGUACACCGACUCCACAGGCAUCGAUCUACACGAGUUUCUGGUCAACACACUGAAGAAUAACCCUCGGGAUCGGAUGAUGCUGCUGAAGCUGGAGCAGGACAUUCUCGACUUCAUCAGUAGCAAUGAGUGCCACAAGAGGAAGUUCCCCCCCAUGACAUCGUACCACCGGAUGCUGCUGCACAGAGUGGCGGCGUAUUUCGGCCUGGAACACAACGUCGACCCGACCGGCAAAUCUGUAAUCAUUAACAAAACCAGCAAUACCAGGAUACCAGAUCAGAAGUUCUCGGAGCACAUCAAGGACGACAGGACGGACGAUUUUCAGAAGCGCUACAUCCUGAAGCGGGACAGCCUCAGCCUGGACCAGGAGGAUGGCAGGCUGCGGAUGCGCCUGAAGGACGACCGGAGGAGCAAGUCCAUCGAGGAGAGAAAGGAGGAGUACCAAAAAGCCCGGGAUCGCAUCUUUGCCCAGAACGGACAAGAUCAUUUCCAGUUCGAUAAGAGAAUUCAUGAACACGUGAGCUACAUUAGCAGUCACCAGAGGCGGCAAAUGUUCAGGUUGAGAGACAGCAGUUCUGAAAACGAACCCCGCGGCUUGGAUCCUCGGCCGUGGAGCAGUACCGACUCUGACAGCUCCCACAGGAACGGCAGGCCAGCCAUCACCAAGGCCAGCAGCUUCAGCGGCAUCAGCCUGCUCAUCCGCAGAGACAGCACCGCCAGCAGCAAGAGCACCGGCAGGCUGUCUAAGACCGGUUCCGAAUCGUCCAAUAGCGUAGGCUCGUCUACCGGAUCCCUCUCUCAGCCUGGACGCGUCCGAGCUCACGGGGCUGACCCGAGCCCCCCACGCUCUGCCGCGAUCGAAAGCGCUAGCGCUGCUACUAACGGUCAUGCUAUAACUAACACGAGCUACUACCUGCUUCCUGCGGAGGCCUCGGGCGUCCCGGCGAGCGGCGUGCUGCAAAACCCUCAGACAGGUCAACCGUUCGGCACCUCAGAUGUCAGAGCUGCGGUGUACAACCCCGCUAUGACAUCACAACAGGGGAGGGUCCAGCAGCACAUGGCUCAAGCUCCUCAUGCCCACGCCCACGCCCACCCCACACAGCACCAACCGGCCAAUCACGUCUUGACACAGCGUUGUGGUCAGUGUGUGCAGUACUCAGCCAUCUCUUACCCUCCGCCUCCUCCUCCUCCUCCUCUUCUGCCUGCGUCUCUAAACCAGCAGUACAGUGGGCAGGACGGUCUGAACAGCCAAUUUAGCCAGCUGACCCUGACGCCCGGCGAAGUGCCAGACUCGCAGACGGGCGUUUAUACUUACCCCAUGGUGCUCCAGAACCCGGUGUCCACGGGCUACGUUCUCCAGCCCGGUCAGCCCGUUCCGGUGCCCACGUAUCCACCGCCCACGCCGGGCAUCCAGCAGCAGGGAUACAUCCAGCAACCUGUACAACAGAUGUCGGCUUGUUACUGCGCUCCUGCCCAGUAUUCCCACUCGAACCAGCACUACAGACCAGUAACACCAGUACAAUACAAUGCCCCACAGAGUCAGACGGUCCCACCUCAACAACCAGGUUAUCAGACAAUCAUGCCAGGUCAAGCGCACAACUACCAAAGCAUGAUGGGAACUCAGCAGCCUCAGAGUCAAUCUCUGGUUGGCAGCCAGGCUGGGAUGGCCAAUCAGAUCCAGGGUGUUGUAGUGCAGUACCCACCCGUACCAACUUAUCAGGGAACUCAGAACGUUUCUCAGCCAGCCUAUCAGCAGCAGCUCGUCCUACAGGCCCCGACCAAUCAGACGCCGGUGCCGUCGGCCAGCAUGCAGGUUUACUACAGCGUCCUGCCACCAGCACAACACUCCACUGUUAGCUCCGCCGUGGGUUUCCUGCCCCCUCCAGGUUCAGAGCAAAUGCAGUUUCCCAGGACCGCCUCUCCGUGCGGCUCCCAGCCAAUCCCGACCCAGCAGUGCACAGGCGUGCCUUCGGUGCCCCCUGGUGGCGGCAGCGUCCUGAUGAUGCAGCUGAGCGUUCCUCCCCCUCCCCCCACUCAGUGGAAACACAACAAAUACUACAGCCUGGAUCAGCAACACCACCCGCACGGCUCCAAGAUGGCAGAACUCUGCAUGCUCGACACGACGCAGAACAGUCCCCAGUUAACCAGCUCCUCUCCUUCCCCCGCACACUCCCCUGGUCCUGCCCACCUGGCCAACUUGAAGGGAGUCUGUGCAGGCCUGACCCCACUUCCCAUGAUGCCUCAGUUCCCUCUACCUUUUCUUCCUGGCCAAGGUGAUGCCCGGUACCCUCUGAUUGGUCAGCCGCUCCAGUACAACCCUCCCAUCAGACCCCCGCUUCUGCACGGUUCCCUCAUCAACCAUCACUACCUUCACCAUCAGGGUCCCGUGGGCAUCCGUCACGGGGGGCACGGGGGGCACGGGGGGCGCGGCAGGAGGCUGGCGAGGAAAUCGCUGUCGACUGAUACGAGCACGGGGGAGACGGCUACGGGUCGAGUCCUGGAGGUGACGGACCUGCCGGCGGGGAUCAGCCGGGCCGAGGCCGACUCUCUGCUGGCAGAGCUGGGCAAGGCGGGUGCUCACAUCCGAUGGCUGCCGGACGACGGCUCCACGGGCUCCGAUUCGUCCACCGUGCCCCCCCGCGACCGCGCCUCCGCCUACACCGUCCUGGCCACGUUCCCGUCAAAACAGGCAGCUCAGAGCGCACUGCUCAAACUCAACAACACCCCCGAGGGCACGUUCAGACUCAAAACCAUCCAGAGGGCCGACUCUCAGUGAGGUCGGCGAGGCCACGCCCCAUCGACCCACUCCGCCCAGUCGCCGUGUUUUUGCCUCACUGCUUCCUGUCGUUAUCGUUCGAACCACUGUGGUGAACUGGGUUUGCUGGUUGUUGGGUUAUUUUUCCACUGGGUUUGUUAAAUACAAGAGAAAAAAAAACAGUAACUUGAUUUCAUUUUAUUUAAUCGAACCAAAAAUGACACGUUUUUGCCAUUAUUUCUAAAGGAACGGCACGGUAGAUUCUAAUUUUGUAUCGCAGGAUGAAAGCUUGGACCACACGCACUUGCUCUGUCUUGUUUGUGACUACUGUUUUUUUUUUUUUUGGUUUUGUCAUCUGGGAGACACAAAACCUGAGAAAUCUGGUGUUUGGUACGUUCAAACAAGAGGAAGCUUCAACUUGUGCCUUCAACCACGACUGCACUGUUACUCUGCUGGAGAAAACGUUACCAACAGACGUCACCAAAAAUCCCCAUCGGCGAUAAGAAUAAUUCAUCCAUCCGCCCACUCGGAGCUCUGAUCAGACUGGUUCUGCGUUUGAAUUUUAUUUAUAAGCGUCGGCUUUUAACAUUUUCUAAAUAAAGGGUUCUAAUUUUCUUUUUUUUUAAUGGUUUUAAAAGAAGGGUCACUGCUAAAAUCUAAAGCGUUUUCUUUAUUUUGUUGGUUGAGACGUGUGUGCAUUACAGAAGGCUGUACGUUUUUAUUUCAGUUGGAAACUAAUAAAUGUUUACACCAAA